UGUUUCCCAUAUAAAAAUGCACUUUAAAAUAACCCUGGUUUUGGUUAUUUCAGUCAUUAUAUGUUUUUUGCAGGUGAGCCCCACCGAUGCCACAUUCCAGCACGCCAAAGAUGUGUUGGAGUACUUCAAAAGAAUUCGGCUGGACAAAACGAAGAACAGCGUGUACAAGUCCUACGUUAAAUACGGCGUACGCAACGUUCUGCGAAAUCCACUCCUCACGAAGGCCGGCUGUCUUAAGAAGGAAGUAAAGCUUUCCUCCGACUGCCUGAACCGCAUGGUGGACAAGGCGAGGCAGCAUGAGAAUAAAUUUUAUGCAAAGUUCACCUACGCCUGCAAGGGGCAUGCCGAAUAUUCGGCCGCGUGUCUCGAGUCCGCCCGGCCACAAUAUUACCGCCGACUGAGGGCCCUCGUUGCGCAGACAGAAAAGUGCUGGAAACUGUAGAACCCAGUUUUUUUUUCUUAUUCGAUUAACUUGAACGCUGUUCUAUCCAAACCCGCGCUAGAGCCGGUUGACCUGCUAGGCUGUUUUUCGUAAGGCUUCAAAUAAACUCAGAGACACUUAAUUGUGCAAAAAA